UACUGGCUCCACUGCACUUCUGCUUAGUUUAUGUUUUGGGCUGUAAGUUCACUCUUCUAGCAUCUGAAGAAGGAAGAGGAGAUCUUCAAGUGCUCUCAGCUGAAUCCAGUAGAAGAAUGAAGAGAUUCGGACAAGUCGGACCUGACAGGCCUGAUAACCUUGAGCUUGAACUGACUGAUGGAAUCUCUAGUCAGUCAGUGCAGCCAAUCUUUGCUUCCCCAGUAUCUGUGACAACAGUUAAAGAUGUGGGGAGGUCAGUCGCUCACCUGGCGUCCUAUGCAAGAGGCCGCUGGAAACAUGCUGCCCGCAAGUCUGUAAGGAAGAAACCCAAAGAGGAAUAUGUAGGCAGCAAAUAUAAGGGUCUGGCAAUGGAUGAAGACGAUGUAGAUGGACAGAAGAAGAUCCAGCUGAAUAAAAGGCUUCUGGAUCACUUUCGAGUCCUGGCGGCCAGCAAUAAAGACACAGAUGAAGUGGACCUGCAGUUUCUGAAUGAUGUCCUCACAGAUGGAGCUGACCCAAACUCAGCUGAUAAAUAUGGGCAAAUGGCCCUGCAUGAGAUCUCUCGGGCAUGGAACGUGGACGUGAUGUGUUUUUUCCUGGAAAGAGGGGCAGAUUUUCAGAGGGCCGAUGCUUUUGGCGUGACACCUCUUCACGUAGCCGCAGCUCUGGAUUAUGAGGAGAUGCUGCAGUUCCUGUUAGAAAGAGGAG